UAGCGCACCACGAGAUUGGCUCGCCCGGGGGGAGCAGGGAGCGGGGAGCGUAGGAGUGGUGCGUGACGAAGAAGUGCACGAUCUCAGGGUGCGUAAUUAAUAGACAACAAAGACCUCCGUGAAAGGAUAACGCAGUGGCGUCAAUGUGUUCGUGAAUGUCUAAGCGAGGGGAAGGGGGCAGUGAGGUGGUGAGCGAGGCGAAGGCCGAGAAGACGGGGGGCGUCUUCCCAACGACGGCGAAAGUGGUUGUGAACUAGGUGCAGCUGUCCAGGGAACGGCAUUGCGUUGUGAAAGAAUCACUCAGGUAGAGAUCAGGUAUCAAGGCAGUCGACGUCGGCGGCCUGUCGUUCUCUGUGGGAGCGCCUAGAGAGAGAGAGAGAGAGAGAGAGAGAGAGAGAGAGAGAGAGAGAGAGAGAGAGAGAGAGCGGUUCUAUCUUACAGGACGCUCGCGAUGGAAUCAGACGCAGUCAGCUGUCGUGCCCACCUCCGUUCUUCAUCAUCAGUGAAGAUUGGUUGGGCGACUGGGGUGGGGGUUGUUGAGCCGACCGAUGGUGUGGGGAUCCGGUCACGGACGCCGGAUGUAGCCAGCCCCGUGGUCCUCGUGGACCUGAAGACAGGGUGGGGCAGGGCUGACGGCUGGUCCGAUUUCUUGUUGUCGUCAUCAGACGGUCCGCAGGGUAGCAGUGAAGCCAUGCGAGUUGCGUCGAAUGAGAGAGGUCGCAGAUCGAGGUCCCGUCGUUGCCAGCCUCCUCCUGUGGGGAUCCCGACCAGGAAGGCUCACCUCGGGGAGGCAGCCGUCGCAGGUGGUAUACUACGGCGGCGGCUCUGUCUUCCCGUUGGUGCAACCCGUCAGGAUGAAAACCAUAAGGACAAGGAUAAGGACGAGUCCCGGUGGAGUUCGACUCUGAAGCGACGGUUCGAGGAGAUGGAUCCCAGUCGGACUGGUGCUAUCGGGGAGGAGGAGUUGAGAAGAGCCGCAGAGAAACUGAGGCUUCCAGUCUCUCACAAGGAGGUGCAGGCCUUCGUGGAGAAGGCUGGCGACCGUGUGUCGUUCGACGAGUUUGUGAAGUUCGUCACGGGAAUGGAGGACCGCCUGCAUGCCACGUUCAGGGAGCUGGAUAGACGACACACUGGCGUUGUGUCGAAGGAGGAUAUUCCGGAGGCCCUUAGAAGACUCGACAUAAAGCCGAGGAAAGUGUACCAGGACGAUCAGUUGGUCAGCCGCAGCGUAGGCAAGGCGCCUUCCCAGGGGUUUGGGUUCGAAGACUUGCGGACGUACCUCCUCUGGGCCAAGGAUGCUGAGGAGGUGUUGGAUUCGGGGUCACGUGCUCGAGCAGCCAUCGACUUCGGUGGGGACUUGGAUUGCAACUUGCCCCUCGCUUUGGAGACUCGUGCUGCCAGGCCCAAUCUCCGCUUCCCUGAGCUGCAAACGACGAGAGAUGUGCUGGCUGCAUGCAUCUCCGGUGCCGUGAGUAGAACCCUCGUCGCUCCCUUAGAGAGGGUAAAGGUCUUGCAAAUGGUGGACCCCAGUCUGGCGCUGCAGGACCCUCGGGUCUUAUUGGACACCAUGCGAAUCGCUGAGGGUGACAGAGGUGCCUUCAGAGGGAAUCUCCUCAAUGUCCUUCGACUAUUCCCAGCCAAGGCGGUGGAGGGAGCAGUGUACAGGGCGCUGGCUGAUCGGUUUGACCGGAGGAAGCCUCGAGCUGCAGUACCGGGGUGGAGAGGGCAGAGGGAGGUCGGGCCACCAGAGGGAAAGACAGAGAAGAAUGAGCAUGAAGGUACUCUCCUUCUCCCAGACUGGCAGCGGAAAGUGAUGGGAACGCUUGCAUCGACCGCCGGGAUCCUGACCUCCCAUCCCAUCGACACGCUGAGAGUUGCAGCUCAAGUGCCCAUCCGCGGCCCUGCGACUUCGAGGACAGCCACGGUUGCUACGAGUACUAUAGGAAGUGCGGGUGGUGUGGGGGGAGGACAGGUCGUCGAAGCGGUGGCAGGUGGAGGUGGGGUUGGAGGGGUGGGUGGGAAUGGGAGGGGGGUGGUGCACACGGCAAGAGCUAUUUUGAAAAGGAGGGGCGCGAAGGGCUUUUAUGCAGGCAUAGGGCCGAACAUCCUUCGAGCUGUUCCAUACUUUUUCCUCAGCGGGUAUGUGUUCACCUCUUUGGAGCGCUGGUACAGGAAGAAAGUCGGCCGUCCUGAUGCAGAGCUUGGCCCCAUUCCCGUUGUUCUGGUCGCCACGGCCGCCGCCCUGUGCGCACAGACUGCUCUGUAUCCCUUGGAGACUGUGCAGCGACGCCUGCAGGUUCAGGCAGCCAUGGGCCCCGCAGCAGGGCGGCUGGUGUACUCGGGCAUGAUGGACGCAUUUAGGGAUAUAAUCAGCAGAGAGGGAGCUGGAGCCCUGUACUCUGGACUGGCUGCCAACAACCUGAAGCUCCUCCCAGCUGCCGCUGUGUCGUAUGCCAUCCACAACACUGCCCGGAAUCUUUGUGACGUCUACUAGGACUUCGUAUGCACCUCAAGUGAAAUUAGUGAUUGUUCCUCGGGCAUAUGUGCAUCUAACAGGAUGCAUCUGACCUUGAUGACAGACGGAUUCGUGCAUCUUACGGGAUCUAUUUGAAAGCCGUUGCCGUCAUACGUGGUAGUUCACUACCACUGCCUGCUUUUGGAAGCCACUGCGGUCAUACGUUGCGGAACUGGCAAAGAUGAGCAUGUUUGCUGCCUCACAACGUGGGAUGGACUGGUAGACGGAAGUUUUAUAUGAGCAAAAAAGAAAGAAAAAAAAAAAGAAGAAAGGUUUUAAAUGUCUGAAUGUCCAAGGUUUGCAGGUCUUAGGUUGGAAGUGGAUAUGUGAAUCCAUCAGUUUAUCAUUUCUAGCCUACGUGCACAAAGGAGGAGGAUGCUGAGGACUCUGUAGAGUCUGUAAUACUACGGUCACACAGUGCUGCUUUUGAGAUAGAAUAAGGGGGAGGCAAGGUGAACGUUUGCCCUGAGGAAGGGAGACACAUUAAUUGGAAGUAAAACAGAGGAGGUUACAUCUGUUGAUAGAUGCGGGCACUGAGGGGGAAGAGGGACAGAUUUGUAAUUGGGGAUCCUGAGGACGGGAGACACAUUAAUUGAAAGUAAAAUAGAGGAGGUUAGCUCUGUUGAUAGAUGCCACUGAGGGGAAGAGGGACAGAUUUGUAAUUGCGGUUGGAAAUCAUCUGCUGGGGAAGGGACAGAGAUUUGGAAUUUAGGAAACAGUGAGUGAUGUUGAAGCUUUGGAAGGAGAUUGGGGUAGUGGAUCGAGUGAUAUUGAGAGAGAGCGAGGAGAGAGAGGGUCGAACAAUUUGGAGGGACAGGGAGAGAGGGGGUGACUGUUCAUAGGGCAUUCCACUGACAUGUGGGCGGAAACCGUGUCAACGUCCGUUCACAGAAUUUGACCUCGACCGGCCGACGGCCGGUCACGUUCACGGGACCGACACUGCAACCAACGGCUUGGCAGGCAAACACCUAACCAUAAGGCUAAGUAGGCUGGGGUGAAAGUGAAGCUCCAAGAUGAGCACUUCACUCCACCCCAGCACGGAGAUCCGGAGCCACCGUGUACCCACCACACUAUGUGUAUACCAGAAGGCUGUGUACGUGAAUCUAUGUAUCAAGAUGUACAGACAGCAUCAUGUGUGGAAACUUGUGUAUGUAGCCCGUAGGCGAUGUGUAGUUUGCAAGCUAUGUGUAUACAUGAAGGCUGUGUAUGCUCCUAUGUAUCCAGAUGUACAGACAACAUCAUGUCUGGGGAGUCUAGUUAAUGUAGCUCAGUGGUUAGUGCUCCGGUUGGAAAUGUGCGUUGUGGUAUAAUGUGAGGAUUCAAAACCCCGCAGCCUUGUGCAUGAACACCGGCAGGCCGUUAGAUUGACGCACGGCUGAACACACACCCCCUUGGGACGGACGCAUGCGUCGCAUGGUACUAUUACAGACGGUGCCUUCUGAAAGUGUAUGGUGUUGUGAUUGACACCGACUUACAUAAUCCAAAUUAUCGAAUUGAAGAUGGGAUUCUGGAGUUGUUUUCGAACUUUUUAUGAUGUUUACAUUGACUUGGAUACUGCAAAUUAUGUAAUUGCAGAUUGGAUGAUAAGCAGAAUUUUGACG